AUGGGUCAAAAGAAGAAAAUUGGAAAACAGCGAAAGGAUAAGUUCUACCAGUUAGCUAAAGAAACAGGUUUUAGAUCUCGAGCUGCUUUCAAAUUAAUCCAGUUGAACAGGAAAUUCGGUUUUUUGCAAAAGUCCCAAGUAUGCGUCGAUUUAUGCGCCGCACCGGGAGGUUGGAUGCAAGUCGCCAAACAGAACAUGCCCAUUUCCAGCGUAGUAAUAGGCAUCGACUUGUUCCCCAUCAAACCCAUACCGGGCUGCAUAAGCCUAGUCGAGGACAUAACCACGGAAAAGUGCAAGUCGUCUCUGAAAAAGGAACUGCAAACGUGGAAGGCCGAUGUGGUGCUCCACGAUGGUGCCCCGAACGUGGGCAAAAACUGGCUGCACGACGCCUACCAACAGUCCUGUUUGACGCUGAGUUCGCUGAAAUUGGCCACUCAAUUCCUCAAACGGGGAGGUUGGUUCGUCACGAAGGUCUUCAGAUCCAAAGACUAUCACGCUUUGAUUUGGGUGUUCAAGCAUCUGUUUAAAAAAGUGCACGUUACGAAACCCCAAGCUUCUCGUAACGAAUCCGCCGAAAUAUUCGUCGUGUGCCAAAACUACAUAGCACCCGAUGAAAUAGAUCACAAAUUUCUGGAUUCGAAAUACGUAUUCGAAGAAUUAGAUUUGGAAUCUAAAAACAAAUUAAACGUGUUGCAUCCUGAGAAGCAAAAGAAAGCCAAAGCGGAGGGUUAUCCCGAAAACAAUUACACUCUAUACACUAAAUUGAAUGUGUCCGACUUCGUAAAACACGAAAAUGGCAUCGAAGCCUUACAGAACGCUUCCGAAAUCGUAUUCGAUGACAAGGAAAUUCUAAACCACAGUCUCACUACAAAAGAAAUCCAAGAAUGCGUUAAAGACAUCAAAGUGUUGGGCAGGAAAGACCUUCGCAAGCUCCUCACUUGGUGGAAAACCUUACACGAAGAAUACAAAAAGAGCAAUGCUAUCGAUGAAGAAACCGAAACCGAAGAUGCAUUAAUCGAAGCUAAAACCUCGACAAACGAAGAUGAAUUCGAGGACAUCGAGAACCAAAUCGCCUCGCUACAAGAAGAAGAGCUGAGAGAUCAGAAACGCAAGAAGAAGAAAGUCCAGAAAGAGAGGCAAAAAUUAAACGAUAAAUUAAACUUGAAAAUGCUCUUGAAAAACGACGACGGGCCCGUUAUGGAAGGCGAAGAGAUGUUUACUAUAAAGCACAUAACGAACGAUAAGAAAAUGAGUAAAAUAUUGGAUCAGACUCCGGACGCUGUGGCGGAGUCCGAUGAUGAAUACGGAGUGACGAAACACGCCCCGAAAUACACCAAAUACGAAAAGGGCCAAGGGAAUUUAGACAGUUCCGCUACAUACUAUAAAGACUCAGAUUCCGAGCUGGAGAUGGAAAGUGAUGAUGACGAAGAAGAAGUUAAAGAAGGAUUAGGAUUCAAUGAUGACGAAGAAGAAGAGGCCGUUCCGAAAAAGCAACUAUUAAAAUCAACGAAAACUAAAGAUCAUCCUUUAAUCACCGAUUUGGAUUAUCGGGACAAAGAGAAGAAAAAGGCUCACAAAGCGGAAAUUUGGUUCGAGCGAGACGGCUUUAAAAAUCUCAUCGAUAAAAAAGACGAAGACGUGGACUUGGAUAAAAUGGUAACAAACAUCAAGAAAAAAGGUGCCGAAUUCGUUGAAAACAACAAAGAAAAGGCCACAAAAACCGACUACAAUUCCGAAGGAGAGAGUAGCGAUAGCGAUACGGAUACAGACACCGAUUCAGAUUACGAUGUCGACAAAGAAGUACAGAUUAAUAAUUCGAAAAAAGAUGGAUUCGAGAUUGUCAAAGCUACAGGAGGAGGCGGAGAUAAGAAAAAGAAGCACAAAUUGUCGUCGAAAGAUAUGGCUAUCGGCACGAUAAUGGUAAACAGUAAAAAGGCUAAAAGAGAUCUCGUUGAUGCGGCCUGGAAUAGAUAUGUAUUCAGCGAUGUAGGAUUGCCCGAUUGGUUUGUACAGGACGAAGAGAAGCAUAUGACGAGAGAAGUACCGGUGCCUAAGGAACUGGUGGAUGAAUAUAACAAAAAACUAGAAGAAAUUAACGUUAGGCCCAUUAAGAAAGUCAUCGAAGCGAAGGCGAGAAAGAAGAAGAGGGCAAUGAAGAAACUGGAAAAGGCGAAGAAGAAGGUCGAAACGCUGAUGGAUAAUGUCGAUAUGUCUAAUCAGGAAAAGGCCAAGCAGAUCAAACAAUUAUACAGGAAAGCUCGUCAAGAACCCAAGAAGGAAGUGACUUACGUUGUUGCGAAGAAACACUCGACUGGUAAAAGAAUCGGUAGACCCAAGGGUGUUAAAGGACACUACAAAGUGGUGGAUCCCCGAAUGAAAAAGGACACGAGAGCGCAGAAGAAUAAGCCGCAAAAUCGAGGAAACAAGAGGAGGAACAAGAAAUAA